AUCACAUCAAAAGAGCUGCUGAAUACUAAAUGCAGUGUAGAAUCAUUGCUGUAAAUAUGUUGCAAACAAUUGGCCAGAGUGGUGGAGAACCAGGUAUUCUAAAGGAAGAGUGAGCUGGAUUUGUUAAAAGCAAAUAUUUGUAAGGAUAUAUUCAUCUUUGCUUCACAUUUAACUGUGGCAUUCAAAUGGAAUGAAUGGUGGCAUUUAAUGCUCCACUGCUGUAUGAUUGCACUAGUUCCAUAGCUUUGUAGAUGAAUUGAGGAACUCCAAGCAUAUUGAAUAGAAGUACCUGCAAGUAACUGCAAUUAAUUGUAUUCAGUGCGAAAGACUGAUAUAAAGAUCUACCAGGUUUCCCACAACCAAGUGUGCAUUUGGUGUACCACAGACAGAUUUCAACAGCCAUUCUUUUAUAUCUGAGAUUACUGGUGGGAGAACUAUGGUUCUAUCAUAAAAUCCAGAAUAGUCAAAAUUGUGAAACAUCCAAGCAAUACUACAAAUCCCAGAAGAAGAAACAAGUAAAACUUUUUGUACAGUAAAAAGUCCUACAGCAUUGGAACAGCUUUCAUAAUGGAACAUAAGACAUUUACAAACACAAGCACAAUCACUGAUGAACUGCUGUUACAGCAGAAGAGAACCACUGUUGCAGUGGUUGCAGUAACUGCUGUUGCAGUGGCUUGGUUACUGCAGAUCAAAUGUCAGUCCCAAUUUAUGUGGGAUAUGCAAAUUGCACUUUGGCUAAUACCUCAAUACCCAUCUGACAUUAAGAAGUUCAAUCAAUAGUUUUGAAUAAACACAUCUCUGUAGCUGGAUUACAGUAUGGAGGUCUAUGGAGGUCCCUUGGAGAUACCAGCUGACAUUGAUGUUCUUGUUUUUGUCCAAGCUUGAAUUGCAAUACAAAUGACUAGUCACUGGAUUGUAGCCCUGUUACUUCUGCUACUGAGGAAGACUAAUGCCAGUGCCAAUUACUGAUAUAUUGAAUCCAGCAUCUCCUUGGGAAGUCAUGAUGUCAAGACGACUGAGAUUGGAGUGUCUUUUAUAUACAUUUAAUAUUUUACCUUCAUCUACUCAAUAAGACCAAUUUGCACAGCUAAGUUUACAGCAACUAUAACACAAAGCAAGAGUAUCAAAGUGAUCUACUCAUCCAUUGCAGUGCCACAGGUUUCCAGGCAAAAUGCCUCUUUUAACCAAUAAAUACUUGGGCUGACUAUAAACAUAGCAGGAAAUAGGGCAGUGGAAAAUAGUUAAGGUAAAGGAUAUAUGUGAGAAUGGGCUCGCUACUGGAUCCAGCAAAACAGUAACCCUAGGGGACCCAAGUAUGGGGGUAUAUGCUUGUCGGUAUGCUGAUGUAGUCCAGAAAAGACCCUUCCAAGCGGGUGAUGAGGGUUAUCUACUUGUAUUCAAAGUUUGUAAGGGCAAAGUUAAGCCAGUCUUCGAGACUCCUUGUGGUAGCGAGACCCUUCUUGAGCCAACACCAAAUUAUGAUUGCCAUGUCUCCAAGACCAUGCACAAUCUGCCACCCCAACCACCAUUCUCUUCUCUUUACUACUCUACACAAUAUUAUUUCUACGAGUUUGAUGAGGAAGGGGCUGAUUUUCAUGUGAAACGGCCAAGGCAUGUCUUGCCUUAUGCUGUUCUGACACUCUCAGUACCUGUGAUUGAAGAACCCAAGCUUAUUCCUCAACAAAAGACCAAGAAAGCUUUGAAAGGUCCACCACAUCAAAGACAUAAUGCAAGAAAGUCAGCCUACUCCAGCAUAAAGACCAUGAGCCAUCCUGCCCCUACUGAGGAUGUUGUUGGAGAUCCACAGGUGGUGUGGACUGGGAGGUUAGCAAACAAGGAGAAUAAUGUGGCCAACAUAUCUCUGGUUAGCUACUCAAGAAAAAGACAGAAACUGCCAUUCGACAUUGGAGAAGAGAUCAACAUAAUUGAUAAGAUUGCAUUUGAGCUGUUGAGACCAUUGUUACCCUGCCCGCUUUUCAAGUCUGGUAUGCCAACCGUCACAAGAGUUUGUAAAGAGCUUCUUCCUGGUGGCCAAUACACCUAUUUUGAAGUACGCUGUUCUGAUGGCAAAGAAAACAAACUUGUGAAGCUGGUGUCAUUCUUAGAAGCUCAUGAAUGGGCCAGUGUUUUGCAGUACGAGGGUGGUGCGUACUAUAUCUAUCUUCUACCGACGUCACAAUUGACUCAUGAUUUAGCUAUCACGGAUUAUCAUAGCCCCAAAAGACUGCAUGUUCUUAUGUUUGUCAAGAGGGAAAGGAUGCUUCCUCCUUACCAAGAUGUCAGCUUUGAAGAGGUCAUCAGUGAAAUAGAGUUAGGGAGAAAAAUGGUGGUAGAACUUCGCACCAAAAAGGACAUUGAGCUCUCUAUCUGCAGGAAACUUCAGCAAAAAGAGAAAAGCGUUCGGGUGGAAGAAGCAAAGAGUGCCAAAGAUGUACUGCCACUUUUGUCUCAACUCAAGGGUGACAUUUGCAGGGAGCCCAUGAAUGUUGAAACUCCAUUAGACGGCAAAACGUCGAAAAGCUUAAAUGGGGCUUAUCUACCACGUGUUUUGGUAGAUAACACAGAAAUGAAUGCAGUGGCAGUCGAGAACUCUAAAACUGAUACAACUACUAGACUUGACUUCAAGCCAAUUCUGAGUAUUGUAGAAAAGUUAAAAAAUAUUCUUGCCGAUUCCCCAGGAAAUGACUCAGAACCCAUAAAAAAUGUUGUGGUGUCAUCUACAGCAAGUGAUAUCGUAAAAGACCCAGGGUACCAUACAGCCUUGCGGCAGAUAAAAGAUUCUUCAGAACGUUUGCUAGUUCUUUCCACAAAGCAAGAGGAUCGCGCAAAAGCAACUAAGCUAUUAAAAAACCUUGAUAGCCUCGAGGAACUUGUAGCUGCGGAGAAAGGAGUGGUAUCUUCUUGUCUUGAAAGUGACAAAGAACCUGUGACAUCUCCCGUUACACUCCCAGACUCCGUGCCUGGUCUACCAGCUGUGCCCUCAAUAAUGCAUCAAGCAAGGGACUCCCCGCCAUUACUUACAUUUUUUUCCAGGAAUGACAUUAUUCCCGGCCUUGAUCUUAAUACCCAGUCAACAGAAGAUGAAAAAAGUGAUAUUCCAUUCCCGGUAACCCCUGCCACUACAACCAAGAAAGACAAGCCAAAAAAGAAUAAUGCAAUAGAUAAAGUAAGCACUGUACGAAAAGACGUACAAGAGAGUUUCAAAGAAGACGCUAUACCUGAUAUUCCAUCAACAACAUACGAACGACAAUUAAGUGAAAAUGCCCAAGAGGUGAACAAAGGUAAAACAGCAAACGAAACAGAUACAGGGGAAAAGAUCAAAGGGUGGGUCUUACAGGGGGAGAUGAGUGAUAAACCGGAAGUCCAUGAAAAGCCGAGUAAUUUGGCGGAUCUAGGCACAUCUUCCAAGAAAACACUUGCGGAAAAGCGUGGUACCCAGGCAAUCCAAGCCGUCUAUGAAAUACUAGGACUAACUGCCUUGAAGGCAAGCCCUUCAAGAACACCCGAUGAGGAUAAAACUCCUGUUUCUUUAAAUCUUGAGACUGAGCAUUAUAGAGGACAACAAAUUUGCUCCACAACAAUAACACAAGAUAAUCAUGUACCAGAAACUACAUUAGCAGAAAAACGAGGAGCUGAGGCCAUCCAAAACGUGUAUAAUAUCCUUGGCCUCAAUCCUGAGGGAAUGUCCAGUUGCGAUGAAAGCAGUAACAAAGAAAAUGAGGAAAUACAAAAAGAUGCCUUCAAGGAAUCAGAUAAGGUUUCCACCUCAGAUUCUAAGAGGAGUUCUGUAAAGGAUAAGAGUCAAUCUCCUAGCAAAGCGGAGUCCUCAGAAAGAACACCGAGGAAAACGACAGAGAAAAGUCCAUCAGGGAAGGGAGUUAGGGGCAAGGAUGAACGUAAAGACAGCCCAAAAGAGGCGAGAAAAAAGACUUCUCCUGAAAAGCGUUCUCAAGGGGCAAGGAGUUCCAAGGGAGAUGAGAAGCGUGUAAAUAAGAAAAUAUCCCCAAAGGAUCGCUACAGGGACCACUACAGACCAGCAUCCACAACACCUGAGAAGCAAAUUAAUGAUAGAUCAAAAAGGAACGGACCUAGGAGUGAUCCUUCUAAACACCGUGAGUGGGAUGCGCGUGCACACUCAAGGGAACGAAGCAGUGAGAGAGAACACCACAAUGGAAAAUCAAGACGAGACCUAUUUAGAGAAAAAGGGCGCAACAGAUUACAGCUAAACCGAGGACAAAGUAGAGACCUUGAGCCAUUUGGGCGGUCUGAGAGUCCAUCGUAUGUACCAAGACGUCACGAUUACUAUAAUACUUCUAGGGGGAGUUCUAGAGAUUCUUCUAGAGAUAGAUCACCUCAUCACUACCAGUCACCAGCAACCAGCGAUAGAUCACCCAAUUACUACCAAUCUCCUACAAAGCCAGGCAAUCACCAGCUGUCUAGGGGCUCCUCACUGGAAAGAGAUGCGGUAACGUACAAUAGGCUGAGUGCUGCGCCUUAUAGAAUUAGAAGUAGAAGCCCAGAAUCACGCCCUUCCGAUCGUCAUCCAAGACAUGGGUAUAAUGAGCCAAGAAGUCCUCAAAUGGAAAGGCCCUCCAUGUCAUCUCAGUGGCCAGUGGGUGAUGCAUACCGGACAGAAGGUCCAACACAUGGUGAUGCAUACCGGACAGAAGGUCCAACACAUGGUGAUGCAUACCGGACAGAAGGUACAACACGUGGUGCAUACCGGACGGAAGGUCCAACACAUGGUGUAUACCGGACGGAAGGUCCAACACAUGGUUAUAGCACACAGCAGCGGACAAGUGAUAUCAGCCACGACACGUAUGCUUCAAAUGGCCGAGUAGAAUUUCUUGAUUAUGAGAGAGCAAGUAUGGAAAUCAAUGGUCAUAGCUACAGAUAUACUGUUUCAAACCACCCUGGUAACUUUGCCACUCCGCAGGAUUUAUCCUCCGACUCUUAUAAAGAUCCUAUGUUAUAUAAUACUGGUACACACCCAAUGUAUACGUACGGCACCAAUGAGGGACAAAGCUACUGUGAUCCAGUUGAGCAGGAGUGUUUGCGGAGGCACAAUGAUUCAAAGGAAGAAACGGAAUCAGUUGUAUCACAAACAAGUAACUCGCUUUCAGGUAACAGAGACAGCUAUCGGCUCUGUGACAUGGAUAUUAGCGAUAAUGAAAGCGUGACAAAUGACCCAGGGCAUCACAUAAUAGCCCUACCGACAGAACAAAGGACGUACGGUGGCGAGUGCAAAAGGAACAACACUUCACCCAUUGAUUUCUACGGUCCUGAUCCGAAACGACCAUGCUUAUCUGAUGGUUCGGCAGAUCCAACCAGCUCUUAUGAGGACGCGUGCCCGCAGUAUGAACCAUACGGCCCAGUCAGCCCCACGGUGUCCAAUGAGCCAGAUGUGAACUCCAGGUGUUCCUCACCUAUCGAGCGCACUGUCAGCAGUCAAAAUACCACUGAAGGGGGACUGGCUGUCACCAUCUCCCAUGAUCCACAUGACGAUUUACAACAGUGGUGUACUCCCGACCCACAAACUAUUCAUUUGUACCAAAACGCUGAGUUCUACGAAGACCCAGGAAUAGAAUCAGACUGGGACCGCAUCGAGGAGGACAGGACCUCUCAGCAAAUAAUGUACUGCCCUGGGUCUCCUGGCACGCCCGAGACAGCCCUGCCUUCCGAAGACUUCACUCAUCCAAGCAUUAACUAUUGGUCGUAUCCAUUUGAGAGCUCGGCUCCACAACAAAGCAUAAGGCUUCUCAAAGGAACUGAUGUGGAGUUCUCAAGACCUUUACCUGCAAGAGAAGAUAUUCACGAUGUUCCAAGAUCAACUUCUAGAUCACAACGGAAGGAUUUGGGUGGAAAAAGCGACAGGCCAAGAAGUGCCGAAAACAGAAACAAACGGGACAAGCGAAAAAUAUCUCCAGCACGAUCCGGUCAGUCCGGUAAAACGUCUAACAAACAAUCCCCGAGGCAAACAAGCCGUAGGAAGAGACCGAAUACCGAAGAGGUAGAUCUCUCCCAUAAGCUGACUAACCGAAAAAGGCAGCGGAAAGUAACGGUAUGUGGACCUUCAGGCGUUCAAACUACUCACGCAAAGUCCUCAGAAAGCGAGAAAAGGCAUGGUCUCCCCAGGCUUGAGCGGAAAGAUAACGCUGGGUCUUAUCCUCGACAGGGCUCUGAGGUUAGCUCGAUAGACACCGGGGAUGGAGAGUUCUCUGUCGGGAAAGAAAGGGCGCUUGAUUUGAAAAACUCGCUCGAUAUAUCCUCUGAGACUGAAGAUCUUCGAGAUGCGUUAACAAGAGCAAGGGAAGGAAAGGCGAGGGCUGAUACUUAUGAGAGAAGAUCGUCAUGCAAAGAAAUGGGGAGAAGAGGAAAAACUAGAUUUUUCGAUAUCAGUGACAGAGAGAAUUCAGCUCGGAAAAAUGAUGACUGCAAUUCCUUGCAGAGAUCUUUAGGAGAGAGCCUCAGCAAGAAGAGUAUUAGUGAUGUCAUAACUGCGACUGGGAGGAACAGUGGGGAACAGACGGCGACAGCAAACCUGGAAUCAACAAACAUUUAUCACAAUUUGGCGACCGCGUCAAUAUCUUCUACCGUGAACGUUCUUGACCAAGUUAUGUUAAAUGGAAUACAGAACUUACAGAAUUUACAAACAGAGAAUGAUAUAUCUGAUAAAUUGAACGUAGGGCUUACCACUGGAAUGCCAAAUGUAGAUUUAACUAGUCCUGAAGGAAAUUCUGCGGGACCUGCUCAUACGGAUUUAAACUCAAACAUUUUAGGGCAAGCGCAGAGCAUUAUAGCGAAUCAACAGACAGGGAAGGCCCGAGACCCUAGGAUCAAGGGAAGUAUUGUGACAGUAGAAGAACUCCCGCCACUUCCACCUCUUCCUCCACCUGAUGCUCAACCGCCUUCACUGCCUCCGCAGCCACCCCAACCCCCGCAGCCCCAGCAUGCACCGCAGUCACAAGACAUAUUGGCCCUGUUUGCUGAAGCAAUUAAGUUCGGUGUUGAGCAAGGAAUGGCUGCUAAGGAAGCUGAGGCGCAGGCCAAAAUGAACAAGAAAAAGCGCAAAGAUGACCAAGCGCUCAGUCGUUCCCAGAAUCGAAAAGACUUUUGCUUCUUCUACGUGUACAACCCUGAGGUAGAAGCAGACCAAGAGUGCGAGAAAGUCAAGGAACAUAUGGUGAAGAAUGGUAAAACUUAUCUUGACAUCACCAACCCUGCCAACGUACCUAUGCUCGACACUUGUGAGCUACGGGUACUGGCAAGACGCAGAUACAUCAACUCCAUUCACAGAAUUGCCCAUCUAUACAAGCUUAAGCAAAACCCCUCGGUCAAGUUUGCACUAUUCACUAGUUCUCAUGAUGUAGCGUCCCAUUCACGCCAUUACUCGACCAUCUUCCCGGGUGUAGGAGGGGUACUGCUACCUGACGACGGCAUCUUACGUACAUGCGAUCCAGCGGAACUGGAGGCGCUGUUGAUGCUUAUCGAGGAACAGAACGAGCAUCACCAGAAGGUACUCUGGGUGAUGAACAUUAGGAGUCUUGCCUACAAGAAGCUUGCCAGUACCAGACCCCUGACAUGGAGGGAUUCGUUUGUUCUCGAUUUGCUUCGCAAGUACCGAGAGCGUCGCUAUGUUAACAUCUUGAACAGGAAUUACGUUUCCGAGAAUGUGACGUCGAUACAGCGGUACCUGGAAACCACUCUGAAGCAGCAAAGCGAGCUGAUGUCCUCCUACAGGCACUUCAUCUUCCUCUCAGAAAAGAGACCGGAAAGGCAGUGGUUUCUAUCAAGAGGGAUAGGCUUCAUGUGUGUCAGGGAGUACCUUCAUACUUACGCCCGCACCGAGGCCAAGACCCAGCAGCUACUCUCCCGCUGUACGUACAAGCCCCAUGAGUGCAUGACAGACGAGGCAAUGAGACGUUACCAACAGACCAUGUCACGCGAGGGGAUCAGUACGCCUACUGCAGACGACUCCUCGACCGUCAACACGCCAUCGUCGGAAAUCUCGGAAAGUCCUCAAAACACCCCCUCCCGAGAGCUAACAAAGUCUGUGGACUCGGGUGUGUCGUCCGGCCCGCAACCCAGGCGCACGUUCUCCCGGUCGCUCAGCCUCGGGCCGAGCAGCGCAUCGUCUCAGAUGGUAUCGCGAUCGCGAGAGUACGACUCCGGGAUGGACUUCAAAGAGGAGAGGCUCCGCAUCUUGUCAUCCAUUAAAAAGGUUAAGACCAAUUUGAGGAGUAGCAUAGACGAGAGACCAUCAGGCGAGGGUGUGGGCGGAAAUAGUUAGACGAGAGACUAUGAGAAGUGGGUGUGAAUAGAAAGGAGACUGCGCAAUAAUGAUAAGAUGAAAGGUAGAGUACGAUAGACUUCUACAUUCUUGUCUGUUUUCUAUGAAAAUUCUUGACUGUUUGUCUUCUACUCUCGCUCGUGAUUCUCAUGUCCAACACAAUUCAUACCUUUUCGCGAAUUUUGUAAAUCAUUGAACACCCUAUGAUUAUGCAUACUCUACAUGAACCAUUUUCACCGUUGACUACUGUUGUGUUAUGUAUUUUCGUGAUUAUCCGCUCAGUGAGGCUUGAUUAUUCACCAUUUUUACCAAAGUAUUUUAGAGAUCAAAAGUUGUAAAUAAGAGUUUAUUUUUACAAAUCAAUUUGAGAUAUAUCACAGAGCCUUAAAUAAAUCAAAGGUAUAAUUUUCAAA